AUGGCCAGGACUACGUUGAACCUCGUGAUUGUAUUUAUUGCAGCUUCCGUCACCCGAGCGCUGAGCAACAGCUGCGAAGAGGUUUGGUUCGAAGAUGCAAAGUUCGACGGGGAGCCGUACACAUGCGGCGAGCGGAUCGUCUUUCUUCAGACGCCUCAGGGAGGACUCCUCACAGAGCAGGAGGCUCGCGUCCAGACGGCGCUGGAGAACGACAUUUGCGCCGAUUGCUGGCCUUGGGAGAAGUACCGCGAGGACGGUGAGACGGAGCGCUCUGCGAAGCGAGGCAUUGCCAUUGAAAACCACAUGCUGACGGCGGAGAUGCUGUCUGGGCUUUCGCACAUCGUCUCGUGGGGCGCCACCUGGGAUUACAAACUCCAAGGUGGACCCAGCCUGGAUGUGUGGAAGGCAGCGGGUAUCGAGUUCUACCCGAUGAUUUGGGGCUCGGGCACCAUUCCAAACGCGCAGGCAGACGGGCUCCCGGAGGGCAGCAAGGCCCUGCUGGGCUUCAACGAGCCCAACUUCCCCGAUCAGGCCAACCUGCAUCCAUACUGGGCAGCCUACUACUGGAAGGACUUCGAAAAGAUCGGCGAAGAGAACAACAUCACUUACCUUGUCGCACCUUCAAUGAAUUACCACUGGUCUUUCGAUCCGAUCGACUGGCUCUACCAAUUCUUUUACCACUGCGCUGACUGCAAGGUUGAUGCGAUCAGCCUCCACGUCUUCAGCUGCUACGCCAAUGGCCUGAAGUACCACUUGGAUCGCUACCGUGUUUUCGGCAAGCCCAUGUGGGUCACGGAAAUUGCCUGCUCCGACACCGCCUCACCGGAGCGGCUAUCUGCAGAGGGCCAGAUGGCGUACAUGAAGGAGGCAAUCCCCCUCCUCGAGGCCGAUGAGGAUGUGGAGAUGUAUGCCUGGUUCAGCUACUUCAAGGACCAGUGGGCCCAUCCGAUCGUGGACGGAGAGAAUGGAGAUGCUGGCCUCAUCCACCCGAACGGCACCCUGACAAACCUGGGGAAGUUGUUCAGCUCCUUCGCUUCCGGCUCGAACUUGACGGAGAUCAACAUCACGAUCCCCGAGUGGAGGAAUGAGACGAACGAGAGCUCCACCACUACAACCGGGAGUGAGACCCUCACAACAACCAAGUCAGCAACCGCGACUGUGUCCGAGACUGCCACAUCUUCGACCACAGGAUCAGCGACCUGGUCAAGUACGGGGUCCACAACCAUGACCAGCUCUGCCACCAGCACGCGGACCACCACUCAGACCAUUUCCUCCACGACCACCCAGACAGACACAAGCACAACACUCACAACCACGGGCAGUGCCACCAGCAGCACAACGCAAAGCUCAACUGCCACAUCGAUCACCCUCACAAGCAGCACAAAAACUUGGUCAGGCGUUACAUCGUCAACCACGACGGUGACGGCCACAGAGACCUCUGCAACCAUCACUGUCAGCACCACGUUCAGCGCGACAGAGACUUCAGUCACGGGCACGGAGACAGCUACCAGCACCUUCAGCACCACGCUCACUGCGACCAGCCCACCCGAAGUGACCACCACUGCGACCGCCACCGAGCCGCUGGCUUUGGCGAGCACGGUCACGGGCACAGCUACCACCACUCUCAGCAGCACCUACUGGGCGAUGCCAGCGAUGACCAAGACGCAAACUGCCACAAGGACCUUGACGACCACGUUGACGACCCCGUCGACCAGCGCUACACAGACCACCACACUCGCCCCCGUCACGACCGUGGGCCCUGCGACGGCCACACAGACGCUGAGUGCCACGGCCCUCUCAGGCACAGAGACCUGGACGGCCACCAGUACUUCGGACAGCAUUGACAGCGCCAACACCACCACCGAGCGGGCCUACACAAACUACACGAGCUCGCGCCACCUCACCGGCACUGCCCCGAGCACCACCAUGACUCAGGGCGGCGAGUCCACAACAUACUCUCUGGACGAAGAGGAGGAGGAGAAUUCCACCAAUGGCACCGAACUCACCUGCGGGGAAGCGGUGGAAGCUUGGUGUCAGUCCGACCCAGAGGCUGCACCCUUCAUUCCACUGCGACACUGCUCGGAUUGGCGUCUGCACGAUGCCAUGUGCACUUCGCCGGUGGGCGGCCAGGGCGGGACUUCGUUCAAAGCCAGUUCCACGAUCGAAGAAGGUUCGCCGCUGUCGGUGGCCUUCUUGAUCAUGGCCGUGCUUGGUGCUGCCAUGGCAUCCGCAGCGAUCACCUCGGCGUUCCACAGGCAACGCUGCCAAUGGCUUCGCUAUCUCUGCUUGGGCUUGUGCUGCCAUCGGCCGCGGGAGGAAGAGGAGGAGCAGGAGGACCUGAAGCGUGCCGUCUCCGAGAAAGACUGGCCCGGCCGCUGCUUGAACGUCAUGGGCAAUGCCCGGGUGGCUCCAGCCCCUUCGGGUGUGCUCCUUCCCGUGGAGGCAGUGGCACGGCGCGUGGCUUCGUCGCCCAUGGCCGGCAAUGGCCACGUCGUUGGGACCCUCAGCAACAAAGCCAACCUUUCCGAGGUGGCGGUUGGCACCCCUGUUGGUACCACGCCUGCCUCUCGGGCAGCUGCACUCAACACGCUGCAGGAGGCUAUGGCCAAGGCCACGGAAGAAGACGCCACGUGGGACGAGAAGCAAGCCGCCCUCGAUCAGGUCGGCCGUCUCCUUGCCGGCGGCGCCAUCGCGAACCUGCCGAUGGCGUUGCGACAGGAAGCGGAAGCCUGGCAAUCCCGGCAAGAUGAGAGGCUGCGCCUUGCACGGUCCUUGGAGGCUGCGGCCGAGAAAGCGGCUGCCCUGGAGGACGGUGCUCGCGAGGCGAUGGGUCAGGAUGGUGCUGCGGACGACCAGAGCUCACUGCGAGAGUUGAUGGCCCGUGCUAAGCUCUCUGUGGACGCUGGCGACAGGGAGGCCUUGUUAGCGGAAGCAGCUCGCCGAGCCAGCGCCUUCCAAGAAGAGUUGGAUGCUCAAAGGCUGCGCUUGAAGGCCCGCCGCCGCAAUCAGUCCGACGGAGCGUCGCUGCUAGCCACCGGGGCGCUGCUUGAGGAGCGCGACAGCUUGUCAGAGCUCAAGGACAAGGUCGCCGCAGAGUUCGCCGCCCUGCCGGGGCUACGGGAGGAUGGCGCCGGCGACGAAGCCUGGGAUUUGGCGUGUGAUGCUUUGGAGGAUGCCUGGAAGCAGCUCUCCGCAGAUGUGCAGUCUGCCGCGCAGGACACUCAGGAAGAGUUGGCCGAGACGGUGGUCGGAAGCAAGGUCGCCAAGUCCCUUGAAGACGCGGAUGCCGAACGCCGGGCUGCGCUGGCGGAGGCGGCGCGCCGGGCUGCAGCCUUCGACGAGGAGCUCCAGAAGCAGCGGCAGAAGCUACAGAAAAGGGCCAAGGCCAAGGGCAGCUCGGCACCUGCUCUGGAGCUGGGAAGGCUUCUGGAGGACCGAGAGGCGUUCCAGGCCCUCGAGGCAGAGAGAGUUGCUGCCCUGGAGGAAUGCCAGAAGUUCUUGGCCGAGGAGGGCCAAAAACUAGGCGACAGCGAGGCCAACGAUUGGACUCAGCUGGUCGAGGCCCUGGAUGCUGCCAAAACAGAUCUGGACGAGUUGGCCCAGGAGACGAGCGCCGAGGCGCUGCCGGGCUCCAGCACCUGGGCGGACAUCGCCGCCAAGCUCAAGACGGGCAAGCUCGAGGUUGACAGUCAAGAGCACCUGGCCAUGCUCGCCGAGGCGUCUCGACGUGCUGCGGCCUUUGACGAGGAGCUGCAAAAGCAGCGGUCGCAGAUGAAGAAGCGCCGCAAGGCACUUCAGAAGGGUGUGACCCCAGACCAGGUGGACCCUCUCGAGGCCUGCCGGUCGCUGGCAGACGAGCAGACACUGAAGAAGCUGGCCAAGGAGCAGGCGGAAGCGUGCGCGCAGUGCGAGGCUUUAGCCGCAUCUGCCGAGGGCGAUGCGAAAGAGGCCUGGACCGAGUUGGGCGCUGCCUGGGCAGCGAUGUCGAAAGACAUGGCCAAGGCUGAGAAGGAAGCCAGGGAAUCGGCGAAAGUCGUGACCGGCGAAGCUGGUAGUGGUCUUGGCGAGGCCCUUGGGCUCGUGGAUGAGGCCACAGGAGGCGACAUGGCCGGAGGCAGCGCCAGGACAAUGGAGCGGCGCACGAGCGCCCUGGCGGCUCUGGCACUCCUCGUGGCCUCGACCGAUGUGCACACCCGGAACCUGCGAUCCGGUGCACAUGUGCAGCUCGGAGAGGUAAGGGCCCACAACCCUUUCAUCGACGACCUGGAGCCUGUGGCGCCACUGGAUGCUGUGGCGGCGCCUGGGGCCAUUGCAGCUGCGGGCAUCCCUCGUCAGGGAGGGGCUCGGAGGCCUGCGCUGUUCGUGCCUCCGUACUUGUACCCGGACGCCUUCCCCGCAUCUGCCAAGGAUGUUUGCCACUGUGACGCGCCCAAGGAGGAGAAGCUGACGAAGGAGGAGGAACUCUGGGCAGCCGAAGUGGCGAAACAGCUGAACCUUCCCCUGUCUCAGGUCAUGCACCCUUCGGACUUCAAGGGCGUGGCACAUUGCGACUGUGGCAGUGCGGAGCAAGCAAAAGGCCGUGUCUUCCGGUAUGUCAAGGCCCAGGCCGCCAACAACUCCAGCUUCACCGUGGAAGGCGCGGACCCCACGUUUCCGCACGGAAGCUACUGGGAGCCCGAGGUGGUGGGCUCUUCCGGCCUUAUGGCCCCGGCAGACCAGCUCCGUCCCGAGGACCUUCCUCCUCAGGCACCUUACGACGAGGUGGACCUCGCUAUCAACUUGGCGAAGCACGAUCGGAUUCCCAAGAAGAUUGCGCGAUACCUGGACCAGGUGGAGAGCAGGAGCAGCAGCUGCGAUGAUGCGACCCAACCAUGCCCCACAGAUUGCGCGGCUGGCGAUGCCGUUUCCUUCGAGUUGGGCAAUGCACGCCGUGCAGCCACAGUGCUGGCCACGGCAGCGGGCAACGCGCUGGAGAUCGAGUUCGCCACGGGCCUGGCGGAGGGCGACGUUUGCGAAGCGGAGGCGGGCUGCUCCCUCUUCCGGGUCUGCGCUCCAAAGCCUGGGCUCGGCGCGCAAGCCCCGCGGCAGUGCGUAGCGCAGGACUCCGACGAGCGCUUGUCCUGGCAGGGUCAUGUCGAGAGGCACUUUCAGUGUCCUGAGAACACGGCGGGGUGCAAGCGCGUGCGCCAGGUCGUGCAGGGCCUUUACCUCCGAAAGGAGGGGAAGCCAUGCAGGGCCAGGUAG